AUGCGCCAGGCGCUGAAGGUGGUGGCUGUGAGGGCAGUUCAGGGGUUCCGCUCCAUAGCAUACAUGGCGGCGACGACCCUGGUCGGCUCUCCCCCAGUGGAGCUCCUUGCGGAGGAAAGGUGUAUUCUUUAUUGGGGAACCAAGGAGCUCCGCGAAAGGGGGGAGGCAACUGCCAGGGAACUUUCGGCCCUGAAGUCUCAUGUGGUUGCCCGGACUCUGCAGAAGUGGGAGGACGCAAUGUUCGACCCGCGAGAGUUCGGGCAGCUAACGAUGACGGCUGUCCGCCCCUGCCUGGCGGAAUUCGCAGGCAGGAGGGGGCGCGGACUCACUUAUCAUCUGGUGCAGGUGAUGACUGGACAUGGAUGUUUCGGUCAAUACCUGCACCGGAUAAAGAAAGAGCCCAUUACCGAGUGCCACCACUGCCCGGAGCUGGAUGACACCGCGCACCACACUCUGUCCGAAUGCCCGGCAUGGGACAGGGAGCGCGGUGUCCAGGCUCGGGCGGUGGGGUGCAGGGACAACGAGGUAACGCUCCCAUGCAUGACAAACCAAAUAAACAAGUCAUCAUCAAGAGAUAUUCUAAUACUGAACAUGGAGUCGAAUGGUGGUCACAUGGAAAAAGUUAAAGAAGAUAUACAACACUGA